AGAAGAAUAGAUUUAGAGAGAAAGAGAUAGAGAGAGAAAGGAUGGGGCAUCGUAUUCUGCCCAAGAGAAUAAUCCUAGUGAGGCACGGAGAGAGCCAAGGCAACCAGAACGACACCGCCUACGCCACCACCCCAGACAGCCAGAUCCCGCUCACCACUCUCGGCAUCAAACAAGCCCAACUCGCCGGCGAACACAUCCGUCGAGUUGUCUCCGACGAAGGCCUCUCCCACAACUGGAAGGUCUAUUUCUACGUAUCUCCCUACCAACGAACCCGCUCCACCCUCCGCGAGAUUGGCAGAUCCUUCACCAGGGAUCGAAUUCUCGGGGUCCGGGAGGAAUGCAGAAUUAGGGAACAGGAUUUCGGAAAUUUCCAGGAGAAAGAGCAGAUGAAGGCCAACAAGGCUGAUCGCCAGAGGUUUAGCCGCUUCUUCUUCCGCUUUCCCCAGGGCGAAUCCGCCGCCGAUGUCUUCGACCGCAUCUCCAGUUUCUUGGAGUCGUUGUGGAGGGACAUAGAGAUGAAGAGGCUUGUCCAACAUCAAAUCUGCGAUGAUGAGAUAAACCUGAUCAUCGUAUCGCAUGGGUUAGCGUUGCGGGUGUUCCUAAUGAAGUGGUUCAAGUGGACGGCGGAGCAAUUCGAGCUUCUAUACAAUCUGGACAACUGUGAAUGCCGGGUCAUUCAAUUGGGCGCCGGUGGAAAGUACAGUCUGGCCAUCCAUCAUUCCGAAAAAGAGCUCGUCAAAUGGGGAUUUUCUCCAGAGAUGAUCGCUGACCAGAAGUGGCGCGCCAACGCCGACAAGGGGAACAGGAACGACAAGUGCCUCGACGCCUUCUUUGAUCAUCUUCCCGGUAACUCUUCAUCCUCCGACUCCUCCGACUCCUCCGACUCUGAAUCUUACUCUGACGACAAUAGUAUUCUCACCUGCGACCAAGAUGGAGAAAUCGAAAUCAAAACUCUUGCUGAUGCUGAUUGCCGAUGAUCGACUGAACAUCAUCCUUCAUCUCUGUGGGUAGAUUCAUGAGCACUCUACUUCCUACCCAGACUUUUUCAAUGGUGGGUUAUGAGUUGAAUCAGUCCUUGAUGUUUUCAUAAAUUCCUCAAAUGAUGCAAGUAGACAACUGUCAAUUGAUCUCCAAUAUAAAACAAACAGUUGUUAGCUUUCGCAAGUAGGACUUUCCUACUGUAUUCCUUCUAGUUCUAUGACGAUGUGCUCAGACUAAGAAGACUUUUUAAAGAAGGUUCGGUAAAA